UUCCAUUAAAACACUAUAUUCCACUUUUCCAUUUCAAUUUGAUUUAGCCCUAAUUUAUCCAUCUCCCCUUUUGGUUCGUCCCUCAGCCUUCUCUUCCUCUCUGCUAUCUCGAUCUGCUCCGUCUUGAUCUCUCACGCUCGAUCUCCAUUACUUUAGCUCAUCGUAGGCUCUCUCUCUCUCAUCCCUCUCUCUCCACCACCAUUUCUCAGCUGAAGCAAUUCUUCCACCUGCGUUUCAGAGGCCGUUUUUCCAUCUGAAAAACCUCCAUCUAAACGAUCUCAAUCUCCGAUUCCCUAUGAGGUAACUCUCUUCGUCCUGCCCGUCCCGUCCCUUCUGUUUCAUAGAGUUAUCCGGCGAUAAACAAGAUGGAUCCCCUAGUUCAGUCACUAAGUCAAUAGUGUAUCCGGUGAACAUCACAUUCCCCCUUCCCUAACUGGUGUAGCAAGUGAACCCCCAAUUAACGGAAGUACCUCAAUUUCAAAUUCUCUCUCUUCCCCUCACGGAUCCUACUCAUCCUCUCUCUCUUGUUGUCUAUUAUAUCCAUUGACUUCAAAGCCUCGAUUGCGAUCGUUUCACAUUUCAGGAAGGAUAAAUAAUAAGUUAACAAUGAAACGAACGGUUAGUGAAGUGGAAAAAGUGAGUGAACAAAAUACCAAAGCUUCAACUUCAAAAUCAUCCCAACCACCGCCGAAGAAGAGACGGGGUCCGACACGAUGCAAGAAUAUCAUAGACGCGAAAACCUUAUUACCUUUAAGGGUUAAUAAGUUUGGACAGCCGAUCGGUCCUGGGAGUGGUACAUAAACUAAUUAUCUGGGAACACUUGCCCGAAAGGGUGAAUUAGCUCCUUUGUGCUACAAAACUUGGUGGGAGAUGCCUAAACAGCUGAAGGAGGAUAUGUGGAACAUUGUAAAGGGAAAAUAUGAUGUGGGAAUCAUGACAAAACAGUGGACAAUAUCCUCCAUCGAAAAAAAAUGGAAGGGGUACAAGUGUGAGUUAAAAAAUGAAUACUACUCAGUUAGGGAUACAGAUGAAGAAAGAUUGGCAAACCUACCACCUAAUGUUGAAAAGAAGCAUUGGGAAUUUUUGGUUAGGCAUUGGGGUACGCCUAUGGCGAAGAAGGUUAACAAAAAAAAUAAAGAACGUCGUGGGAAGCAGACAAUGAUGCAUACUACAGGGACAAAAAGCUUUGCACGUAUUUCUGUCGAGAUUGAGGAAGACGAAGGUAUUCAGCUCUCUCGUGCAGAUUUAUUCAUCCGCACACAUGUAAAUAAGGAUGGCAAAGCUACUGAUGCUGCUGCUUCAGAGAUGAUUGAGGAGGCACGCGCUACACAUGUAGAGUUGCAGGAGACGAUUUCAAAAAUGCAAGCCGACUAUGACAACAAGUUGGAAAAUUUACGAGCCAACUACGACGACAAGUUGGAAAAUUUACAACGACAGGUGGCUAUGCUAAUGCAGAUGCAACAACAAAAUUAUAGUGGACAUGAUUCUGAUUCUUUAAAUGCUCCUCCUAGAGUAUCCCCAAAUCCAUUUUCUAGUCGUGAUGCCAAUUCAGUUAAGGGGAAUUCAAAUCAAAUGGGCAAGAAGACUUGUUGAAGUUGAAGAUGGGGUCGUGGCUGUGCUUUUUGAAUUUCCUUCGCCUUGGAUGGGUUCUUUUUGAAAAACUUGUACUACAUUUGUUAAAAAUUCUUAAUUCUUUUUGUGUGACAUUUAGUAUCUUUAUCUAGACAAUUUGGAUGGUAUUUUCAUAUUGACAGGUUAACUUGUGGUUGUAUUAGUAUACAUUUUUUACUAGCUUAACUUGUGGUGGUAUUAGUAGUCAA